AUGGCUCCGUUUCUUGACAAGUUUUUCCCGUCUGUGUAUCGGAAGGAAGAGCUCGAUCACUCAACCAAUCAGUACUGCAAGUUCAACAGCCAAACGCUGACCAUGUUUACGUCGUCCCUGUAUUUGCCUGCUCUUUUUGCAUCAUUCUUCGCCUCGACGAUGACCAAGAAACUGGGCUGCAAGUUUUCCAUGCUUAUGGGCGAUUGUGUCUUCUGUUGCGGUGCUCUUCUCAAUGCCUUCGCUGUACACCUCGCUAUGCUCAUCAUUAGUCGAAUUUUGUUAGGUGCUGGUGUUGGUUUCGCCACUCAGUCAGUGCCACUGUUUGUAUCGGAGAUGGCUCCACAGAGAUACCGUGGAACCCUCAACGUCUGCUUCCAACUUUUUAGGGGAUUUCUAGAUUUUUCACAACUAUUCAACACAAUUGGCAUUCUGAUUGCCGGCCUUGUCAACUACUUCACCAACAUGAUUAAGGGCAACUUGGGUUGGCGCAUCAGCUUAGGUGGCGCGGCUGUUCCAGCCGUCCUCAUGAUCCUCUCAUCUCUCUUGGUCUCCGAAACCCCAAACUCCCUCAUCGAGAUAGGCCACUUCGAAGCCAAGAAGCAGCUCCAGCACAUCCUCGGAGUUGCCCAUGUCCAAGCCGAGUUCAACGAUCUGGUGGAUGCAGGUGCAGCCUCAAAGGAAGUGGAACACCCAUGGAGGAACCUAUUGAUGAGCAAGUAUAGGCCUCAGCUUUGUUUAGUUCUGUUGAUUCCGAUGUUCCAACAACUCACUGGGAUCAGUGUAGUUAUGUUCUACGCUCCUGUGCUGUUCAAGACCGUUGGGUUCUAG